AUUUAGUGCGCGUGCGUGAAAAAUUGUAUAGAAUCUGGCACAUUUCUAUAAUUCAAGAGUCUGAAGAACUAAUAGCGAAAUACUGUAGGUUUAAAGGAAUCGGACGUGUAUGGUAUCUUUUUUGUAGGAAAUGCUAAUGAAUUUUAUUGUACAAUUCAUGUUGUUAAGUUGAGGAGGUAUAGAAAUGUCGCGUUCAAAAUCUGAAAAGAUCGGAAACGGUGGUAAAUGUGAAUUAAGCGUUUGGACACGUGCGAUAACAGCGAACUCCGAAUGGCCGGAUAAAGAAGAAUUCCUUGAUGUUAUAUACUGGGCUAGACAAGCUAUUGGAAUUAUAGUUGGUAUAGGAUGGGGUCUUAUACCUUUAAAAGGUUUCAUAGCUCUCUUAUUAUUUGUACUAGUUAAUGCAGGUGUCACAUACCUGUACUUUAGUAACUUUCAACAAAUAGAUGAAGAAGAAUUCGGUGGUGUAUGGGAAUUAACUAAAGAAGGUUUUAUGACAUCAUUUGCUGGGUUUCUGGUUACUUGGAUUAUUAUAUAUACAGGACUGCAUUUUGACUGAUAAUUUCUGUAAUAUGUCAAUGAUGACUUGACUGACACAGAC